CUUUCUCUUUACCAACAGGAGUGUUGGAGUGCGAUUUCGGUUCGGGCGACCGGGGUGUGUCGCUGUGUGAUUACUCCAACUCCAACAUCACCGUGCUCCGGUGGCAGGCCUCCACGGGAAGGUCGAGCAACUGGCUGGGCGGACCUCCAACAGACGCCACCGGCUCGCAGGACGGUGGCUACGUGUUUUUCGAGACGUCUGAGCUUCCGGACGAUGACGCGUUGCGAGUGAACAGCGAAUCGGCUAUGCUGGAGAGUGGUCUGCAGCCGCGCACCCCGCCCGCCGGCCAGUGUGUCCAGUUCGCCUACCACCGCGAGGGGCUGAGCGCCGGUGAGCUGCGGGCCCUGCUGCACCCGGUGAGUGACGCCGAGCUGCUCGGGUACCCGGUGGAUCACAGCGGGGACACGGUGCUGGCUCACAGCUCCGCUGACGUGGCUGGAUCCUGGAGCUCGGCUGAGAUGAUCUACACCUACCCCGGUAGACAUACGAUUGUGUUCGAGGCGAUCCCGUGCCGGUCACGUCGUGUUGGCUCGUGCAGUCCCGACUACCGCGGCCACAUCGCUGUCGACUCGGUACGUCUGGCCCCGGACGGGUGUCUGGGACACUGCACCUUCGACGGCGGCGCGUGCGGCUGGACCCAGGACGACAGCGACGACUUUCAGUGGGAGCUGAGCCGCGGCAGCCUCAGCCGCGACACCGGCCCGAGGGCGGACCACGGCAGCGAGCUGUUCGGCAGCACCUCGGGCGGCUACAUGUUCGCCAGCUCGGCGUUCCCGCGCCGGCCGGGCGACCGGGCGCGCCUGCUGAGCCCCCAGCUGUCCGCCGGCCAGCCGCGCUGUUUCCGUUUCUGGCUGUACCUGUUCGGACCGGGCGUGGGCACGCUGCGCGUCCUGCUGCUGGCUGGCGACCGGCGGCAGGAGCUGUGGCGGCUCUCCGGGCCGGCUGGUCAGCAGUGGCACCAGGGACUGGUCACUGUCUCGGCAGAGGCCGGCACCUUCAGGCUGGCGCUGGAGGCGGAGCUGGGCACCGAGCGGCUCGGCGACAUCGCCGUCGAUGACGUCUCGCUGGAGAGCGGCAUUUGUCCGGCGGCCCCGCAGACGGCGGCGCCCUGGUCUUCGGGCUGCACGUUCGAGGUGGACACGUGCGGCUGGGCCGGUGUCGAGGGCGACCGCGGCCUCUGGGAGCGGGUGGUUGCCGCGGCCGCGGAUGGCAUCCCGGCCACCGACCACACGACCGGCCGGCCCGGCGGCGGCCUGGUGCGUCUGGGGCCGGCCGACCCGCCGCCGCCCGGCCACAUGGCGCGCCUCCUCUCCCCGCGGCUCGACCGGCCCGACGCCGCCACCGCCGCGUGCCUUACAUUCAGGUGGGUCCGCUGA